CCUUGUGCUGGAAAGAGCAAAAGAAGAGUAGAAGUGAAGUGAAGCUUUAUUCUAUGAUGAUGAUCCUCCUCAUCUUCACCCUCUCUCUAAUAUCAGGUCCAGUGGGCUGUGUUAUGACUGGCUACACAGGAGGAAGCAUCGUUAUAAUAUCUGAUCUAAAAUGGGGUUCAGGAUUUAGUACAUAUAUUUGUAAGCUGGGAAGCAUAUCAUGCACAGAUAUAAUACGUACUGACACCACAGAAAAUUCUGUUCAAGAGGGAAGAUUCAAGCUGUAUAAAAACAAUGAUAGAUUUUUGAGAGUGUUAAUCAGGAGGCUGAAGCCACAGGAUGUUGGAGUGUACAGAAUAGGAGUAGAGGAUCAGACGCCCACUGAUUUGGAACUUACUGUUCUUAAUGAUUCUUGUUGUGAUGGACCAAAAACAGUGAAUGUUUUUCCUGGACAGAAUAUCAGCAUCAUCUCUAACUAUCCUGUGAUUUACAACCAAGCUUUCAAGUAUAUCAUGAAACUUGAAAAUGGUAGUGUUGUUUAUGACAUUCUAGAUACUUCUGAAAAAUCCCAGAACAACAGGUUCUCUAUUUUUGAUGACAGCAGAGCUAAAGUUCUCAGUAUGAACAUCAGUAAUGUGACAGAAGCCGAUGAUGGAGUUUAUUUAUAUGGAAUCUUCAACAGAAAGAACUCAAUCGAGUAUUAUUCCGUCUUCAGAGAGAUUCACCUGCAAGUUAGAGAACCUUCCAGUGCCAACAUCAUCAUCAUCAGUGUGUGUGUCAUUUUGGCUCUGCUACUGAUUUGCGGAUUUGCACUGAUGGUCUACAAGCUGAUACACAUGAGAACACAAGGUCCACCACCUUCUGCCAAAGACAAUGAUCAGGUUCCCCCUGUUCCUCGCACCUACGAGGAAAUUAAUCAGACCAAACAUAUGUCUGCAACAGCCACUGAACUUUAUAUGAAUAUGAGCCCUAAUAGAGAGAUCAUCUCCACAGUAGAACGACCACAAGAACAAAAUCUCACUUACACCUCUGUGAGUUUCCCGAAGAAUCCAGAUGAUGCUGCAAUCACCUUCAGUAAGGAGGAAUCUGCGUCUGAGUAUGCCACUGUCCAGCGCACCUCAAAACUGUAAUAAUUUAAUUAUGUUUUCUCCAAAAUGUGCUUUUAACAGAAUAUAAUUUAUACAAUGUCAAAAAUUGAUGAAAUAUACCAAAAUCAUAUUUUCUUUUGUAACCACAAAUGUUUUUGUCACUUUGAACUGUACCUGUAUUCAAAUAACAAA